AUGGCACAUCCAAGGAAUCCUGCCUACAGUGCCACUGAGGGUGACAUCAUAAUCAACAGCCUCAUCCAGCGCUAUCAGCUGCUCUUCUCCAGGACAAGCCAUGAUCAGCAUGUGCACACUGCCAUGUGGAAUGAUGUAGUCCACAGGGUAAAAGAUGUCGGCAUGUUUCGUAUUAGAGCAUAUCGCUAUGUUCAAGUCAUAAUAUUUGCAAUCAAGGAAAUCAACAGUAAGAAACUGUUAUCUAAUAUUACACUUGGAUUCAGCCUGUACGAUGGCUGCUUUUCUGAAACAAGGGCACUGGAUAACACUCUCCGCUUACUAUCAGGAUGUCAGCAGUCUGUUCCUAACUACAGUUGUCAGUCAGGUUCAUUAAUAUCCGGAUUUGUUGGUGAUGAACCUGGCCAGUCUGCACUUCCUAUGGCUAAACUCCUAGGAAUUUAUAGGUAUCCACAGAUAAGCUUUGGUUCUGCCCUUGCUAUGUUCAGUGAUAAGAUCCAGUUUCCCUCUUUUUUCCGUACUGUUGCUCCGGACAUUAAUCUGGCUCGUGGCAUGGCUAAAAUGAUGCUUCAUUUUGGAUGGAACUGGGUAGGAGUCAUUGGUGCGGAAUAUGACCAUAAUCAAGAGUUUGUCAUGGGUUUAAAGAAUGAAAUUUUGAAGACAGGUGCUUGUAUUGAGUUUCUUGAAAUUCUUCCCAUAGAAAAUGUCCACAUCAAAGUCCUUCAGAUAAUUGACAAAAUCCAGAAGUCAACAACAAAAAUCAUCAUGAACUAUGCAGCUGUGCAGUACGCAAUUCCUGUCAUUGAAGAGGCUGCCAACCAAAAUGUUACAGGAAAGAUUUGGAUUGCACCCACUUAUUGGUCAAUUUCUCCAGAUCUAUCAAAAAAGAUCAAAGAUGCUCUCAAUGGAUCGGUAGGAUUUGCAAUCCAUAAGGGGUUAAUCCCUGGAUUCAAGGAAUUCCUUUAUAAUAUUCACCCUAGUAGAUUUCCUGAUGACCCUUUUGUGAAAAUUUUUUGGGAAGAAGCAUUUUUUUGCAAGUGGCAAGACAAUGAAAAUCUACAGUCUUCAUCAGCUAAGGCAAGGAGUGAUGUAUCUCCAUGUACAGGAGAGGAGAAACUGGAGACACUGGAUACCACAGUGUUUGAUGUGAAUAAUUUCAGAUUUACCUAUGGUGUUUACAAUGCUGUAUACUCAUUGGCACAUGCUUUAUAUAAUCUGCAGAAAUGCACACAGAGUGAAGGGCCAUUUAACAAUGGCAGUUGUGCCAGCCUCAGGAACUUCCAGCCAUGGCAGGUUCUGCACUACAUGAAAACUACCCGAUUUGUUAAUACUGCUGGAGAAGAGAUAUUUUAUGAUAAAUAUGGUGACUCACCUGCACUUUACGAUAUUCAGAACUGGCAGGUACUUCCUGAUGGCUCUGGCAGGUAUGUCAAGGUUGGUGCUUAUAAUUCCACAGCAGCGCCUGGCGAAGAACUCAUCAUCAAUUCCAAUAAUAUCUGCUGGAGCAAAGACUUUGCAGCGGCUCCUCGAUCAGUAUGUAGUGAAAGUUGCCCUCCAGGAUUUCGAGUGGUUGUACAAGAAGGUAGACCACUUUGCUGCUUUGUUUGUAUUCCAUGCCCAGUGGGUGAAAUUUCCAACCAAUCAGAUGCCAUAGAAUGCUUAAGAUGUCCUGAAGACCAGUGGCAUGACUUGCAACACACACAAUGUAGUCCUAAAGUUGUGGAAUUUCUCUCCUAUGAAGAACCUUUAGGAGUUUCUUUGGCUUUUUUUGCAGUUUGCCUUUCUGUGGUGAGUGCUUCAAUUUUGGGUCUGUUUGUCAGGAACAGAGAAACUCCUAUUGUGAAAGCAAACAAUCGUGAAGUCAGCUACCUUCUACUGCUAUCACUUUGCUUGUGUUUUCUUUCUUCCCUCAUGUUCAUUGGAGAGCCUAAGAAGAUGAGCUGUUUGCUGCGACAGACUGGAUUUGGCAUCAUAUUUUCUAUCUGUGUAUCUUCCAUUUUGGCAAAGACCAUUAUUGUUGUUAUUGCUUUCAAAGCUACUGUGCCGAAGAGCAAACUAAGAAAGUGGGUUGGACUGAAAACACCACUCAUGGUUAUACUUUUCUGCUUUCUAAUCCAAGUCAUUAUAUGCUGUGUUUGGAUAGCUAAUACUCCAUCUUUCCCAGAGAGAAAUAUGAACUCACAAGAUGGAAAGAUAAUACUUCAGUGUAAUGAAGGGUCCAUUAGUAUUUUCUAUUGCAUGCUGGGAUAUCUUUUUUUUCUGGCAUCUGUGAGCUUUAUUGUUGCUUUCCUUGUUAGGAGUCUACCUGAUAGUUUUAAUGAGGCUAAGUUUAUUACAUUCAGCAUGUUAGUGUUCACCAGUGUUUGGAUUUCUUUCAUUCCAGCUUACCUUAGCACGACAGGGAAGUAUAUGGUUGCAGUAGAGGUAUUUGCAAUUUUGGCUUCAAGUGCUGGUUUGUUAGUGUGCAUAUUUUUCCCAAAGUGCUACAUCAUUCUGAUUAGGUCAGAUUUGAACACCAAAGGAAACCUUAUUGGAAAAGGAAAUGUGGGCAGUAAAGUUACUGAUUACCCUGAUGUAAACUUCAAGAUCACACCACCAGCAGCACAGUGCAAAACACUGUACUCUAUGAGCAAAACCAGCUUUCUUAAAGAUAACAUCUCCAAGGUCUCCUAUGGUUUAGAAGAAAAAACUUCCUUCCCAAGCAAGCAUAUGAUGAGCUGGUAUAUAACUACAUCUAGCACAUCCAGGUUUCGUAUUAGAGCAUAUCGCUAUGUCCAAGUUGUAGUAUAUGCAAUCAAUGAAAUCAACAACAGUAAGAAAUUCUUACCAAAUAUGACACUUGGAUUUAGCCUGUACGAUGGUUGCUUUUCUGAAAUCAGAGCACUGGAGAACACACUUCGCCUACUGUCAGGACGUCAGCAGGCUGUUCCUAACUAUAGCUGUCAGUUAGAUUCAUUAAUACCUGGAUUUGUUGGAGAUGAGCCAGGACAGUCUGCUCUACCCAUGGCUAAACUUCUAGGAAUUUAUAGGUAUCCACAGAUAAGCUUUGGUUCUGCUGUUGCUAUAUUUAGUGAUAAGUUCCUGUUUCCUUCUUUCUUCCGUACUGUUGCCCCAGACAUAAAUCUGGCUCGUGGCAUGGCUAAAAUGAUGCUUCAUUUUGGAUGGAACUGGGUUGGAGUCAUUGGUGCUGAUUAUGACAACAAUCAAGAGUUUGUCAUGGGUUUAAAGAGUGAAAUUUUGAAAACUGGUGCCUGUAUUGAAUUUCUUGAAGUCCUUCCUAUAGAAAAUGUCCAUAUUAAAGUCCUGCAAAUUAUUGAAACAAUCAGGAAAUCAACAACACAAGUCAUUAUAAACUAUGCAUCUGUACAGUAUGCAAUCCCUGUCAUAGAGGAAGCUGCAAACCAAAAUAUUACUGGAAAAGCUUGGAUUGCACCCACAUAUUGGUCAAUUUCUCCAGAUUUGUCAAGAAAGGUUAAAUAUGCUCUUAAUGGCUCCGUGGGAUUUGCAAUUCACAAAGGAUUAAUUCCAGGAUUUGAGGAAUUCCUUUAUAAUAUUCACCCUACUAGAGUUCCUGAUGACCCUUUUGUGAAAAGAUUUUGGGAACAAGCAUUCUUUUGCAAGUGGCAAGACAAUGAAAAUCUACAGUCUUCAUCAGCCAAGGCAAGGAGUGAUGCAUCUCCAUGUACAGGAGAGGAGAAACUGGAGACACUGGAUACCACAGUGUUUGAUGUGAAUAAUUUCAGAUUUACCUAUGGUGUUUACAAUGCUGUAUACUCAUUGGCACAUGCUUUAUAUAAUCUGCAGAAAUGCAAACAGAGUGAAGGGCCAUUUAACAAUGGCAGUUGUGCCAGCCUCAGGAACUUCCAGCCAUGGCAGAGUAUAUCUCUGAGAACAAUGAUGUAA